AUGGGUCCGUCUUUCGCCAUGGUGCGAUUCGCCCUGGUCGGUCUGCUGACCUUCUUCUCCAUCGCGUCGGCCCUGCCUGCCUCUAAAUUUUCACGGGCCCUGGAGGAUCCAACUACUGAUCCCUUCUACCGGCCUCCUGCUGGCUUUGAGGACAAGGCCCCCGGAACGAUUUUGGCUCAGCGCAACAUCAGCGCUGCGUUCCUCGGUCUCAUUCCGAACCCCAUUGAGGCUCAUCAGUUGCUAUACCGCACAACUGCUAUCAAUGGCUCCGCCAUCUCGACUGUGACUACAAUCUUCAAGCCAAAAGAUGCCAAGUCUGAUCGAUUUGUCUCCUUUGCCACCGCGUAUGAUAGCUCUGCGGUGAAAUGUAACCCGAGUUAUGCCUACCGACUUGGUGCAGCGCAGGACAGUCUAGUUGCCUACGCCGAGGUGUUGAUUAUCGAGGCGUAUCUACUGCUCGGAUACACCGUUGCGUCUCCAGACUAUGAGGGCCCCGAUGCGGCAUUUGGACCUGGUCGUUUGGCCGGCAUGGGUGUCUUGGAUGGCAUCCGGGCUGUGACCAAUUUCGACACUCUGGGCCUCAGUAAAGACCCCAUGGUGGUUGGCAUUGGCUACUCUGGUGGUGCCAUUGCCACAGGCUGGGCUGGCUCACUGCAGCCAAAAUAUGCACCUGAGUUGAACAUCAAGGGCUGGAUUCAGGGUGGAACUCCCUCCAACCUCACAGGCACAUUGCUCACGAUUGAUAACACGGCUUUCAGUGGAUUCUCUGCUGCAGCCGUCGUCGGCCUCUCGGUACCCAGUGCCUACGGAGCCGAGCUCAAACCCAUCAUCGACAAGAUCUUGACGGCAGAAGGCCGAAAGGUUGUUGAUGCCGCUUCCCAGCAAUGUGCGGUACAGGACCUGGUAACUUUCUUCGAGAGAUCACUGUUUGAUCCCAAGGUUCAGACCUUGGGUGAUGGCCUUCUCACCGAACCUACCAUCCAGUCUAUAUUGCAGGACAACAACAUGGGCGUGAACAAGGAUGAGACGCCGACCGCGCCCACCUUUGUAUACCAUGCCACUAAUGACGAGGUCAUUCCAUACGCCAAUGCUAGCACUUUGGUUGACUCUUGGUGUGAUUCAGGCGCGAACGUCAAGUUCACAACCUAUGCUAACGGUGGUCACGCGACCACCGAGCUCAUCGCGGUGCCGGAGGCCAUCAAGUUCCUCGAAGCUGCCUUUGACGGCAAGGUUGCCGGUGGUUGCACCAAGAAUACCGAGCUCACCAAUAUCCUCAACCCGCUGGCACUUGGCGCCUCACUGGAGCCUAUUCUCGUCAAGCUCAUUGACGGUUUGACUCACUUGGGUGAGCAGGAUGACAAUGUCAAGAAGGAUAUCUCGGUACUGGGUAUCAAGCUCCCUGUUUAA